AUGAGUAGAGAGGAACUUGCUGCUGUAAAUUCUGCUACUUCAGAGAAUGCACCUGCCGACCUUGAGGGUCAAGAUCAUCACCACAAGAAAUUCAAAGAAGCUGAUGCGGGUGAUGGUACUAAAAGAGAAGACCAGUUUUUACAUGGAACCCAGUUGGUGCUUUGUUUUAUUUCCUUGUUCUUGUGUCUUUUCAUUUUUGCAUUGGAUCAAACCAUCGUGGUUACCAUUUUAACUACUGUUGGUAAUAAAUUCAAUGAUUUCUCCAAUGUUGCUUGGUUAUCGUCUGGUUUCUUGUUGACUAUGGCUGUUUUCAUUCAACCUUUUGGAAAAUUAUCAAUCAUUUUCGGUCGUAGAUGGACCAUGGUUGCAGCCGUAGUUAUCUUCGAGGCUGGUUCCCUUAUGUGUGCAUUAGCCAACGAUAUGAAUGUCUUGAUUGGUGGUAGAGUCUUGGCCGGUGUCGGAGGGGCCGGUAUUCAAGGUCUUGCGUUUGUUAUUAUUACAGAAGUUGUUCCAAUUAAUAAGAGACCUAUUGGUAUGGCUAUUUUGGCCAUUACCUUUGCUGUCGCCUCGGUUCUUGGCCCAUUGAUUGGUGGUGCGUUUACUUCUCAUGUUAGUUGGAGAUGGGCGUUCUACAUCAACUUGCCUAUUGGUGGUAUUGCCAUGGCAUUUUUCUUGUACUCCUUCAGACCACCAACUCCUAAGGGUAACUAUAUCAAGCAAUUAAAGGAAUAUGAUUACAUUGUUUUGUUCUUAUUGGCUUUAACCUUUGGUGCUUCUGAGUUCCCAUGGAAUUCUGGUGCUGUUAUUUCCUGUUUUGUUUUAGGUCCUGUCUUGUUGAUUUUAUUCUGUGUGUGGAACUUCAGGUUCUCAAAGAAUCAAAUUAUUGCCACUGAUAUUGUUACUGUUCCUCAAAUUGUGGCCUCAGUAUUGGCAAUUUCCGGUAUUUUCUCUGCUUUCAUUGCUGGUUUGAUCUAUUUAUCAAUUUACUUCCAAGUUAUCAAAGAUCAUUCUGCCAUGGGUGCUGGUUUACAUUUAUUGCCAUGCAUUAUUUCUGUGGUUCUUUGUUCCAUCUUUUCUGGGGUUAUGAUGCAAAAGUUCAGAUAUGUUAAAGUAUUCAAUAUCUCUUCUGGUAUUAUCGGGGUUAUUGGUACUUCAAUCUUGCUCUUAUUGAAGGUUGAUUCGUCCUUUGGUACUCAAGUUGGAUUAUUGAUUCCUCUUGGAAUGGCUGCUGGGUUACAAAUGCAACCUUCAAUCAUGUCUGCACAAAUCAAGGCUCCAAAGACACCAGGUGGGUUAAUUAUGACUACAAUUUUCAUCAACUUCUCCAGAUCCCUUAUGGCCGCUGUUGCUGGUGAUUUGUCAGAUGCAGUUUUCAACACUUCUUUAAGAAAUAUUUAUUCAAAGGCUAUUAGAGAUCCAGCCAACGCUGCAGUUGCUCAACAAUUGGUUCACAUUGAUUUGAACAGUUUGAUCUCAUCCAAUGCAGUUUUGAACAGUUUGAGCCCAGAAGCUUCUUACUUUGUCAAGGACCAGAUGGUCAAAUCAAUGAAGAAUGUUUGGUAUAUGUGUAUUGGGUUUGCCAUUAUUAGUUUCUUUGCCAGUCUUUUCGUUACAAACAAGAGAGUUCCUAAGCAUGUCGAAAUGGGUAAGAAGGACAAACCAGAAGAUGAAAAGGCCAUCGAAGAAGAAAACGAAGAAAGAAGUGGUGAUUCUAGUAGAGAUUCUGUGUCUGAUGAAAACGCUAGUCAACAAUCUGAUGAAGCUAGUGGACCUUCAGAAGAGACAAUCAAUUCGAUUUCCAAGGAUGUAACAAGAGAAAAAGAUAUCGAAUUAAAGUAA